AGGUAUGAAGGUAUGAAUUAGAAAUCAUUAAUGCGUAGUUUGAACGCAACGUGGUAGUCAGAAGCCUUGUACGUAACCACUACCCCUCCAUGUGAUUGGAUAGGAGAUUUCCGCGCGGUGGGAUGCAGCCAAUGAGCAAAUGUUUUUCUGGUUCGUAAAAGCAGCCUCGAGCCUCAGUAAUGGCGAGCGGAAGGACAAAUUAUAAACAAUUCCAAGGGAGUGGAUAACAACAAUCCUACGUCGUCACGGAUGUAGUGGAGGUACUAGUGUAACUGUGUUUACAAUUUUAUAUAGAUUACAAGAGCCUCUGUGUAAACCCAAUUUAAAUGCCAUGCAGCUUGCAAAGUGCUGUACAAUUAGGCUACUCUGCUAGGCCGCUAAAAUUCAGCUAUCGGGUACGCAAAAGAGACAGAUAACUGAGCGUGGGACAAUGUUGACUACUAUCAACUUAGCUAGCAAUUUCAGUAUCAUUUCUUGAAAACGUACGAUACCCAAGUAACGCAGCUACAUACCAGAAUAAUACGAAUAGUGAAUCUAUUGCUUGAAACGAUAAGAUGAGCAAGCAAGUAGACAGCAGCAAGCGUAAGCUGUCUGAACCCAAGAAACAUAGCUCCAACGAAGAACAAGCUUGUAGCUCGCCGAGCACUACUAAGCUGCGCAAAGUGGAUGACUGCUCUGGGGAUAAAGUUAACGUUUCAGAGAAAACUGAACCUACAUCCCUAAAGGCGGAAGCACAAGAUGAUGGUCGGGAAAGCGAGCUAAGAAAAGACGACUCUCCUCGUGGGUCAGGGACGAGGGGGCAGGUCGAAACCCCUGCAGCUGGCACUCAGGACUCGAUCAGGAAAGACGGCGUUGAUUCCAGUGGAGUGGAACGAACGGGAAGCAACAGUGACAAGUGUGAACCAGAUGGAGAGACAGCUGAAGCAGCAUCGGAUGACGGCGAUAAGGAGUGUCGGCCCUCAACGUCGGUGAAGCGGUCAGAUUCAGCGGCUAUCGCCGCAGCAGAGGCACUAGCCAGUCUAACCAGGGGAAGUAAGGUUAAAAGUGGUGAGGAGAUGCCAUGCUCGUCUAAGCAAGCCACCAGUUCAAAGGACAUACACAAGCCGGGCCAACAAACGGAGGCGGUUCCCGCAGACAGCUCCUCUUCGCUUCUCACUCGGGACGACGAAGAGGACGCAGAAGAUGGCGAUGAAGACGACUCCUUACCUGGGUCGUCGUCAUCCUCACCGAGUUCUUCGCUUGCGUCGGACAACGACGAAGACAGCGAAUGCGCCAUAGUGUCCGUGAAAAUGGCCCCGGAGAUUCGGCAGUCCAUCGCACAUCUUGCCCAGGUGCAAACGCAGCUAAACUCGCUGGAGAAAAAAGGCGCGCGACUCUACCAGCGCCUAGAACUUAAACUGGAACGGCAGCGCCGCCCGCACCUGGACCAGCGCAGCGCCAUCACUCAAACCAUACCUGGCUUCUGGGUUACUGCCCUUCUGAAUCAUCCUUACCUGUCUCCGCAUAUAGACGAAAAUGAUGAAGAUGCACUCAGUUACAUGACCAAUCUGGAAAUUGAGUCCUUCAAAAACAAUAAACUUGGCUACAGGAUUCGCUUCCACUUCCGACGCAACCCUUACUUUCAGAACACCGUCAUCAUGAAGGAACUCCACCUUGGAAUGGGAGGUUCACCAGUGUCCAUGUCCAACCCCAUCCUGUGGCACCGUGGCCAGAACCUGACGGGCCCUGCGGAGCUCAGGCGGUCCACUCGGGGCGGGUACCAGAGCUUCUUCAGCUGGUUCAGUGACCACACCUGCCCUGGCCGGGACGACAUCGCUCAGAUCUUGAAGGAUGACCUGUACAGAAACCCUCUCCGCUACUACCUAACCCCGCUCUGGGAGCCCAGAGAAAACGGCAGUGCCCCAAAGCCGCCGACCAACAACAACAACAACAACGGCGGGGAUGAUUGUGUUGUGAUCUCAGACUCCGACGAGGAACCAAAUGAGAGCAGCCAGGAAUCUCGCAGAGAGGAGAGGCAGACUGAGGGAGAGGACGACGAAGAUGAAGACGAAGAGGAGGGCGACCGAGUUGCAGGGUCGGAAGACAGCAAUGCUGAGGUCGGUGAGUCUGCCGACGACGACGAUGAGGAGGAGGAGGAGAAGGAGGAAGAGGAAGUGGACGUAGAGGAAGUGGACGAGUCACGUGACUCUGGGGCUGAUGAGGUCAGAGACCGAGAGGAGGAAGAGGAGGAAGACAUUGAUGUUGAUGAGGAAGGGGUAGGGGAAGGGGAAGGGGAAGGGGAGGGAGAGGAGAACUAAAGCAUGGCAGGGAUUUAAUUUCAGUCAGGGUUCCUUUUCACCAUCAUCAGGUGACCUAGAUUAGCACAAGAUGAAAGGCAUAAGAUACAAUGCUUGUUGUGAUGACUAUGCUAUACAAAAAGGUACAUAAAAAUACUUCACCAUAACAGUUGUCUAUGAAAUGAAUCCCAUUCAAGAAAACAAAAAACCUGUGUCAAAGUCUCACCACACUAAGAGAGAUUUUUGCUGCGUCACCACAUUUCACACAAGACUGUUGUAAAGCUCUGGUUACAAAUGGCUUGAAAUCAGGAGAGGCAUUUGGCCCUAAUACUUCAUCACCAGUUAGAGGAAAUGCUCAGAAAUGCUGGAGCGAAGUACUCCUCCCCAUUUUGAGUAAGCAUGGUUGAGAAGGCCUCAGAAGUUUAGUUUAUUUCCUACUCUGACCAGAAAGGCUAUAUGAACUACCUAUCUAGAAAUGAAGUAAUACUGAAUUGGUCCCCAGCUUUGGAAAGCAAUAUUGUUCCUAACGUUAUGUUAAUUUUUCCCAGUCCAAUCCUAAUGUUUCGCCAGUGGGGACAGUAAGGGCUUUGUAAAAGUGCUUGGACCUACAAUAUGGUUGUGUUUUUAAAAAAGUAAGGUGAUUUUAAUUGGCUCUGUGUAGUAUCUGUGUACCACAUGUAGGAUCACACGUACCAUUUGCAGUGUCCUCACAAUGUCUCGAGCUGAACACAACUACAUAGAUAUGUAUAGACAACGACAGGAAGUGGUGAGAGGGAGAAGUUUGUUUAGUUUUGUUUUCAAUUUUGAACUCACUUCCUGUUAGCAGUGGAUCAUCAAUUCAGCAUUCUGUAGCGGACAAUGUUAUUGACCUAAAGGCAAACGUAAUGGGCAUUCGUCUCAGAAAAUAGGGUUGGUUGUCCUGGUGACAAGUGGAUUUCAAGACUGAUGACAUAAAUCUAAUGCAACACAACCUAUCAUUAUCACUGUUGGUCGUCUCUGCUGGUCGCUUGCCUCAUUAUGUACUAAUCAAGGCUGGUAUUAAGUCAGCUUUUGCUUAUGAGAAUAUGUUUGUGGUUUAAUUUUGAUAAUCAUGCUACUUCGCACUCAAUGAAAUGUUCAACCAGCCACAAAUAACGGCAACUUAUGGAGGCAAGUCCUGAUCUUGGUAAUUACGUCUAAUGUGAUGCCAAUGGUAGGUUGUGCAGUUUCAUGUUUACUGCUAUAUAGAGUCAAGCCUGUUGAAUCUCACUGGUAUUGUAAAACAUUUGUAAGUAAUACUAGAAUAUAAUCGAAGAAGCUCUUAAGUAAUACCAGCAUCAGAUCCAGUAGCUUCUUUAUAUUAAAAAGUGUAGUUAAUUUUGUAUGCAUAAAUACCCAGCCCGCCUCUUGUGUAUAUUGUCAUAAGAUGUGGGACAGUGUCCUAAACAAGUUGUCCGUGCUCAUGAAACCCUGGAUUUCCUUUGGUCAGUUACCAUCCCAUAUGAAGUUUCAGCCGGAGAGAAUAGUGUAACCUUUAAGCUUGUUAAAGUAGCUAUGUUUGACAGCUAGCUUUGAAUUGUUCCUGUAGUGGAGAGAAUGUUGUUAAAAAUGUUCCGAUGCACUUAGUUCCGAACCAAAUCUGGAAUUCUCAGGGAUGUUCUAAAGUCCUUUCUUCACAGUGAUCUCAUUUAGUUUUUUUUUUUCUGUCUUGUCUUUUUCUUCCUUUUUUUUAUCUGCUGUGUUUUUCAACUCUGUCUCCCUCUUUUUUUAUAUACACAUAUAUACACGUGCACACACAGAGAGACUCUGACAUCCCCUACGCAAAAGCACACACCUAACUAUAUACAGUGUAAAGUACAGGUGUUAACAGGUGCAUGAAGAAAUACUUUAUAUUUGUCAUUCACCAGGUGAGGGCAGUGUCACUCAGUUAAUGUAAUCCAAUGAACUCAACACCUUCCACAAUACGACCAUGCCACUCAUGUGUCAAUCAUCAUCAACCAUUCGCUGUACAUGCACUGCUAAUAUGUUUCCAUCGGUCAAGACAGUCGUCAUGUGUAGCACUGUCUGAUCACAACAGUUAUGACCUGUCGAACAAGUGGCUGUUAGAUCAUGAAGGCCCUAUUCAGGGGUGUGUAGGUUAUGAUGUCAGACCUGUUUGGCUAUCGGCCCUGAAGCCUGUGCUUCUGUCUCUAUGCAUUUUUUUAGCAUCUUCUGUGUCUCUUCAAACUACAUUUGGUAUUUUUUCCCCCCUCUAAUAUAUGUAAUUAAGCACAGUUUUAUUUGGUGACUUGUAGUGACUUUUGUUUUGUUUUGUAACAAUGUGUUCCAGUUGGUUUGGUUUUUUGGCUUUUCUAAGUUUUGUUUUUGAUACUUUUGAACCCUUCUGUGAGGUUAAGGUCAUGGCUCUGUGUGGUUAAGGCUGUGGCCCCAUGGUUCUGUGAGGUUAAGGCCUUGACCCCUUGGUUCUGUGUGGUUAAGGCCUUGACCCUUGACCCCUUGGUUGUGUGUGGUUAAGGCCUUGGCCCCUUGGUUCUGUGUGGUUAAGGCCUUGACUCCUUGGUUCCGUGUGGUUAAGGCCUUGACCCCUUGGUUCUGUGUGGUUAAGGCCUUGACCCUUGACCCCUUGGUUCUGUGUGGUUAAGGCCUUGACCCUUGACCUCUUGGUUGUGUGUGGUUAAGGCCUUGGCCCCUUGGCUCCAUGGCUUUCCUCUUGAUGUUGUGUCUUUCUUUCCUCAUCGUUAGUUGGUCAGAGUAAAAUCACUCCUCUCGCUUGACCUUUUGUUUCAGAGAAAUAUUUCUUAUGAAAGCAGCAAUUAUAAUUAUAUACCAAUGUACUGAAGUUGUAAUGAUACUAAAUGUCAUUUGAAUAUCCAAGGAUGAAAAUCUGGCUUGUAAAUAUGUGAAACAUUUUCACAAGGAGAUAUGAUUUGUUAAUGUUUGAAUUUCACUAGUUACCGGAAAAUCUUUAAUUGGAUUAGUAACAGAAAGCUCUAUUUUCUGUCCUGUAUUUUAUAGGAAGUUGCUGUUUUUGGAAAAUGUGUUUUGUUUUUUUAAAUAAAGUUAAUGUCCUGCUUUUGAAACCA